AUGAAAGCCAUUAAAGUAACUUAUAAUAAUACCACACAUAAAGUUACGCUUUCUGACAAAACCAAUUGGGAUUCACUUAAAUCUCACUUCUGUGAUCUAUUCAAGAUCCCGUACGAAAAUUCUAUUUCGUUGUCUUACACUGAUCAUAAUGGUGAUACUAAAACUCUUUCCAGUGACUUAGACUUAAGGAACAUUUCAUCUGAUCAAAUAUCAAAUAUGGAAUUUAUAUUAUCAGAUGAAGAAGAUUUAGACAGUUGGAUCCUUGCAGGUGAUUCAGGAAAUAAACUUGAAGAUAGACCUGGACAAGUUUCUACCAAACAAUCAACUAGUGAUGAAAUUAUUCAAGAGUUUGUCAAUAUAUGGUUACAAUCUUCUUGUAGUUAUAAUACUCGUUUUGGCUUAUUCAAGCGCCAUUUGUAUUUAAUUUUCGGAGAUCGCAGAACAUACGCAUAUAUAUACAUUUCUCCGCAGUAUAAUCAAGCCACUGUAGGAGCACAAUAUUAUGAUCAUACUUUCAUACCUCGCAAAUAUCUGGCAAUGAAUGCUUUUAAUGAAAUGAAAGAUGCGAUGAAGAAAUUAUUCAAUAGCAUUAAAAGCAUGAAAAGAAUGAAAAGACUGAUCAUUUUAAUGUUGGCCUUCCUUGCACUCGUUAAAUUAAUAUCUUUCACAUUCUACAUUGCAAAAAUUGGAUUAAUGUGGAUUGGAUUUUUUACAGUUAUUGGAUAUAUUAAAAGCAAUUAUUCAGAUGUAACUGAUCAAGAAGAUUCUACUAAGGAACGAAGAAAUGUAAAUAUAGAGGUUUCAUCUAAGAAUGCUAUAGAGUUUGGAAAACGAUGUUAUGGUGACAUGAAGCAAGUUAUUGAAGAACUAUUUGAAUAA